GUGACUUCGACCGGGGCGUGUGGCCACUCACAGGUGCAGCCUGGGAUGUCACAGCCCCCUCCUAAAUAGCGCCGACGUGAUACCACGCUGCCUGUUUUUCCACUUUGACACUCCUCGUCGACGCCUGACGAUUUCCAUUUUGCCUGGCAAACCAUCGUGCUGACCACCGCAGAAGGCGUCGAGAGAGGAAAGGGCACACAAGGCAAAAAGAAGGCAAAGACCCGACGAGGCUGUGAAGCCACCAAGUUCAAGCCCGAGGCACCGUACGGCUCCGUCAGAACAAUAUGGGCGGCAGCACUGUUCAACCCAAAAUUGUUGAUGAUGAUCCAAGUGUCCACGGCGUUGGCAGCUGGGUCAAUAUCACCGGACCGCCUUCCACAGACACAGACGUGGAUCAUAGCGACUCAGAGCCAAAGCCAAAGAGUCCGGUUGAGAACCUAGAAAGUGUUCUUCAGUGGGUCACACGCUACUCAGAAAACCACCCGAACCGCCACGCGAACAACGACAUCCCGCUACAAAUACCAGUUCCUGCUACGACGUCGCUUCCCUCUCUAACCCAGCAGGACACAAUGAGCACCCAGAGCGGAAACGUGGGAUGCAAGGUCCCUAUUCGACAAGAGGAUGGCACCGGCGAUGGCGCUUUAGAGCUCGUUUUGGGUCAAGAAACUGCUCAAUCUGAGGUGGAAACAGGGCCUACGCCCGACUUGGCAUUGGAUUUCGCGUCGAGUCCGGCGUCUACUAGCUCGCCUGAUUUCCGUGCCGAAUCAUUAUUUGAAGGAGGCCCUGAAAGUUCAACAGAGCUAUCCAGAUCAUCGGCAGCGAGCUCCCCGUCGACUCUAUGGUCCAUACCUUCGAUCGAAAUAUCACCUCCGCCUGAGGACUUCCUUGAUGGGAAUGGCGAUGGCUACGACCACAAUAUCCUCCUCCCAAUUCACGACGACGACGAUUUCUCUGUCUCGAUGCCUAGUCCAGUCAUAUCAACCAUGACGGCGUCACCGCCACCGAGCAGAAGGCCCAGCAUUGAACCGGACGUCUCUGCUUCAAGGCAAAGGGAAGGCGAUGGAGGCCAGACUUCGAACAGCGGUCCGAUCAAACGGUCUCUGCAUCAGGCUACGAGCGGCCACGGCAACGAGGACCAAGUCGACACAAAUCAAGCCAAAAGGAAAAAGACAGAAGACCGGCCGGACCAGGUUCUUGCCUGUCCAUUCUACAAGAAAGACCCAAUCCAACAUAAGCGUUGUCAUGGAUACGUCCUCACGCGAAUUGCCUACGUAAAGCAGCAUCUGUUCAGGCACCACGUACAGCCGCUUCACUGUCCAGUCUGCAUGAUUAGGUUUGGCGACGAUGAAAGUAGGGAUGAGCACAUCCGGGCACAAUCCUGCCAGAAACGCCCUGCAGAAGAACAACCGGAUGGCAUGACUCCAAAGCAGGAAAAGCAACUUCGGGCAAAACGCGCGAACCAGAAGCAGUCAGAAGAGGAACAGUGGUACGAAAUCUUCAAAUUACUGUUUCCGGACACAGAGCGGCCUAGCUCGCCAUAUCUGCUUAAUUCCCUCUCAAAGGAUAUGAGCAGUUUCCGCGAGUUUGUAGAGAGUCAGGGAGGGAGAAUUGUCCAAGAUAGACUCAUCGACAAUCUCCCCAGCGGAGUGCUAGAGGAGAGCGCCGUGCGGCAACUCGCGUAUGCUGCCGUUCAAAGCAUCUUUCCUCUAUGGUGGAACCAGAGUCUCGGGAUUUAUCAUCAGGAGCGUGUCAACAACGAGGUUGCAAAUGAAGCUGAGAGUAAAGAGUCUCAAAAUAAGAAUGGGACUGAUAGUCAUAGGGAGGAGAAGAGUCAUGAGCAUGCGGACGGUCAAAAUGACUCUGAGAGCAAUGGACUGGCAUGUAACCGCAAUGCAAGCCACUGGAAUGGGGAUAACAGGGAGUCAGGAAGCAACGGGAGUGCUGGGAACAAUAUGACCACCAGCAACGGCACACAAACUAGUCCGCCACGAGACAAGGGCGCUCCAGUAAUGAGUUCUCUAUCAACGGAGGCACCACCGAACACCACAAGCCGUUUGUCCCAUAUAUCAAAGACUUAAGCCUGGUUGCUACGGGAGGAUAUCUCUCUCAAACUAGGUCAUUGAGGGGGACCUCAACUGAGCGGCUAAAAAGACAAAAUGCUCGCAACAUGGCUGAGAUGGUAUUUCAACAUGCUGAAAGCCCUUUCAAUGGCCUUCUUUGAGUUGAGGUCUUGAUUUCACGAACACACUCGUUCGACGGCAUUGAAUGGGACAUUUGCGGGCUCGAGUGUUACCAGCUUGCAGUCAUUAUGAUCAAAUGACAAUCUGGCCGAGAAAUUGACUUCUGCCUGAAGAAUUCAACAUGAAUUCAACAUUAAAGUUUGUAUUUCUUUCAUGUGGUUGUUUCUGUAUUUUAAAAAUCUGAGCGAAGAUAAAUGAAAUUCAAGAAGAUUGCUUUACAUAAAUUA